AUGGCUACUAUAGACCACUCCUCUGCCGUAGCAGAGAGCGCAACACCAGAGAAACCGCCAUCAACAUCACCAGCAGGUGCUGCACCCGGCAAGAAAGGUGCUCGUUUUUGGCUCAUCUUUGUCGCCAUUGCGUUGACCACAUUCCUGGCUGCCCUUGACACAUCCAUCAUUUCUACCGCCUUGCCCACCAUCGCGGCUGACCUGGGCUCUGAUUCACUCUACGUAUGGAUCAUUGACUCAUACCUCCUGGCUUCAACAGCCACUAUCCCCAUCUUUGCCCAGGCAGCCAACAUCUAUGGCCGUCGUAGCCUUACUCUGAUUGCUGUUUGUAUCUUUACUCUCGGCAGCGGUCUUUGCGGUGGCGCGCACAACACUGCCAUGAUGGUCGGCGGUCGCGCUGUUCAGGGCAUCGGCGGUGGAGGCGUUCUCACCAUGUCGGAAAUUGUCGUCUGCGAUAUGGUCUCCAUAAGAGAGCGAGGCAUGUACGCUGGCAUCAUCGGUGGUGUUUGGGCAAUCGCCGCAGUUGUCGCUCCCGUCAUGGGAGGUGCCUUUGCCCAGAACAUCUCCUGGAGAUGGAUAUUCUACAUCAAUCUUCCCAUCGCUGGCGUUGCCCUUGUCGCACUGUGCCUAUUCCUGAAGUUGACUCGCCCACCAUCUGGCACCUUCAAGGAGCAGAUGGCCAGAAUUGACUGGGGAGGAAGUGUCCUACUGAUCGGAUCUGUGACCUCCAUUGUUCUUGCGCUAAGCUGGGGUGGUUCUGAACAUGCUUGGUCAGACUGGGAGACUAUUGUUCCUCUUGUCAUAGGCCUUGUUGCUCUACUUGCCUUCUUCGCAUACCAAGGUGCACCUUGGCUAAAGGAACCCACCAUGCCUCUUCGACUAUUUGGCAAUCGGACGUCAUCUACGUUGCUCGUUAUCAGCUUCAUCCACAGCCUGCUCCUGUACUGGAUCUGCUAUUUUCUCCCAGUUUAUUUCCAGGCUGUCAAGGAAGCUAGCCCUACCCGGUCAGCAGUCAUGCUAUUCCCUAUUGCCUGUACUAGUGCUCCGGGAGGUGUCGCUGCUGGUAUUACCAUCACCAAGACUGGCAAGUACCGCAUCUGGCAUUUCUCCGGGUUUGUCCUCAUGUCAAUUGCAUGUGGCCUGUUUACUCUUCUCGAUGAGAAUUCCUCCACUGGGCGAUGGGUUGGAUUCCAGAUUCUGUUUGGGUUCGGCACUGGGUUUGUCUUCACCAGCACUUUGCCUCCAAUUCUAGCUAGUCUUCCUGACUCAGAUGUGGCUACAGCGACUGGAGCAUGGACCUUUAUCCGCAACUUUGGAUCCAUCUGGGGUGUUGCAAUUCCAGCUGCUGUGUUCAACAAUCACGUCAAUCAUGCAGCAUCCAAUAUCUCAGAUGAAGGAGUCAGGAGCCUUCUUGUAGAUGGCGGUGCGUAUGAGCAUGCCACUCAAUACUUUCUCAAGACCCUUGAGUCUACCCCACGGCUCAAGGACGAAGUGGUACAGGUGUAUUUGAAUGGGCUCAAGGUUGUCUGGCAGACAUCCAUCGCUUUCUGUUUGCUAGGAUUCUUGCUUUGUUUCUUUGUUCGUUCACUGACGCUUCGCGAUGAAUUGAACACCGAGUUUGGGCUGCAGGAGGAUAAGGAGUCUAGUCAGAUGAAGUCGAGUGAAGAAGGCGUGGUCAGAGAGUAA